UGGUUUACGUCAGCCAGGAGCAAAAGCAGUAGAAAGUAAAGCUACGUAGACGUAUAGCUUGCGGAAAGCAACGGAAAAGAGCGGAAAUAACCGAUCAAUGUCACUUGUUGCCGAGCAAUGUUUUGUUUAUAUGAUGGCGGGUAUAUGUUCAGUCUUUUAUGAACAUAUAUCCAAUUCAUCAUAUAUUUUAAUUAUUUAACAAUCAAUCGGAUUGCUUUUUUUUUUCUAAUUAGAAAGUGAUACAGCGAAUAAGGUUUCAUUGUAAAAUCAACGAUGUCCACACCUCAACCUCUAAAAAGAACAUUCCAUAACAGCAAUAAAGAUGAUGAAUUCAUUCUUGACUGCAAAGCUGCCUACCUUUCAGUGUUUAAGUCAAUUAAAGAUUCCAUAAACAGCUUGGAUGAUCUGGUUUUAGUUCUUCAACAAACUGGUCGAAACCCCUCAAAAAAAUCUCUCGAAAAAUACAGAAAACAGGUAAAAGCUUCUUUGAGCUUUGAUGAUUUCUGCAAGAUAUGCUCCGAUGAACCUCAAACAACUACAAAUGAAGUUCUCCAAGCAUUCCGAUGUCUUGACACAGAUGGUGAUGGCUACAUCUCCUACACCAAACUGCUUAAUCUUAUGACAACAAAAGGAGAGAAAAUGUCUUCUGCUGAUGCCAAAAUACUGAUGGAAGAACUCAAUAUUGAUAGUAAUGGAAUGAUAGACUAUAAAAAGUUUAGCAAAACAAUGGAAGAAACUAUUCUAAAAACUAAAGAAUUAUCCAAAGCAUUAAUGAACUCCAAGUUCAAGAAUCCAACAGAAAUGUCCAAUAGUGCUUCUUCAAUGAACACCAGCAGUACAUUCAAAACUUCUCUCUCUGAUUCAACAUCAUCUCCAGAGAAAAUUGUUGAAAUCAAAAGCCAAAAUGAAAACAUUUCAUUUGAGAACGAUGUUAUUGAGGAGUCAAUAAUCAUCAAUGAUGAUAAUAAUGAUGAUGAUGAUGAUGAUGAUAUUGUCAUACCCACCACUUCUUCAACUGAAGCCACUGAAAUCAAGAGAGAUUCCUUGAAUAAAUCUGCUGAUCAGUUGCAAUUAGAAAGAAAGACUAAAACAUUAUCAGCUGCAGUAGAAGCGUCUACUGUUCCUGAUCCAAAAACCAUCGAACUUUGGACUCAUCUGAAGAGCUGUGGCUGUUUCUUCUUGGAAAAUACAGAAAUUUCAAGUCACCACUUUAAGCUGAGUCUGCCUAAUUUUACCAAUGUAUGGUUCACAAUACACCCAGUCUUUGGACCAGAAAAUCUCUCAAAGGAAGACCCUCAAAUUGAUACAAUGCUUUGCAUUUUCAAAUAUAAACCAGAUGGAACCAAAAGCUUUCUUGCACUCAGUGAGAUGAAGACAAAAUCUGGAAGAUUUUGUGUUCGCUGUGAUUUAUCUGCUGGGCAUUAUAUUCUUAUCCCUUUCACAACUGGCUGCAGGUUCCGUCCCCGAAGUACUCAACCUCAAGAAGUUAUUCCACUCGUCAAGAAAUCUUCUUCAGGGGAGAUUACUCUGACUAGUCCUUUCAAGAAAUCUCUAGAAAAAAUAUUUGACCUCUGCGACCUUGACAAAAAUGGCAAACUCAGUCGCAAAGAACUUAGUUUUUUCCAUUAUUGUACAAGUGGAGAACAGUUAACUGCUCAAGAGUGGCAGAUUGUUGAAGAAAGGUUUGACUUGAAUGAUGGUGAACUGACACAGUUAGGUUUCCUUAAUUUACAUGAAAUGGAGGCUGAAGACAACAACGGCGAUGCUGAAGAUUUAUGGAUCACACUUGACAGUAUGGGAUUGAACCGAGCUUUAGUUCUUGACCAAGCUUUUCAAUUUGAACUGAAUGUGUUUCUUGAGGAAUCUCCAGAGGCUAUUCUUGAUGUUUUAAAUGUUGAAAGUGGUGGAGUUGAUCUGGAAAAAGCUAUAUGUGAAUCUGUUAUCAACAAGGGAUUCUCGUGGAAUGUUGGAAAUGCACCUGAUAUUCUGAUUCAUGAAUACCACAGUGACGCCAGAUAUACUGCAGUCAUCCAGAACCUUAGUAAGGACAAAGUAACUACACGUGUAGACAACACUGGAAGUAUGAAUUGUUGCAGCAACACAAACCAAUUCAAAAACACUGUAGAUGUACAGCCAUCAUCUUGUAAGGUUUGUCAAUUUUUGGUACCAUGCAAUGAAAAGGAAACAUGGACAGUCGAAUGUUCUGCAACAGUCGUCUGAAGAAUGCAUAUGGUACUUAUUUUAGUAUGAAACUGUAAUAUUCAAAUAGUGGAGGUUCUGUUAAAAUUCCUAUUGCAGAAAAUAUUACAAAUACAUACAUUUUUUCCAAUGCUAGCAUGGGCUGAACAGGUUUGUUCUAACCCAGCAUCUUAGCUUUGUCAUUUGGUAUACACAACAAUAAAGAAAACUACAAUUCUU